AUGCGAGCGAAGAGCGCACGCGAAAUGCGCAGUUCUGGCCAUAUCAUGUUGUUUUUGCUGUCGGUUCCGCAUUUGCCAGGCAAGGCAAGCAAUCCUUCCAUGCUGGAAGAAGGUUUUCCUACUGGUAUGCAAGCUGCACCACAACAGCAGCAAGGUGUCGUAACGCAACCGAGUAGCCGUCCUUCAGGUGCUCCUCCACCGCAGCAGGCCCAACGACCCACAUAUCCGCUUGGAAGCGCUUCGCAACCAACACAAUACACGUAUUCCAUUGGUCAAACGGCCGGAUUCCAACAGCAACAAGCGGCACAGACAGCUGUUUACCAACAACAGAUGUAUCAAAGACAACAGCAGGUCUGA